UCUCUCUCUCUCUUCCAUAUAUCUCAGAAGCCCUAAAAUUUUCCUAGGGAUUUAGUGAGGGAAAAAGCUUAGGCGGAAGCGGUAAGAUCAGCCAUGGUGAAGUAUUCGAGAGAGCCGGAUAACCCUACUAAGUCCUGCAAAGCCAGGGGAUCCGAUCUCCGAGUUCAUUUUAAGAAUACAAGAGAGACAGCUUUUGCUAUUCGCAAGUUGGCUCUGGCCAAGGCUAAAAGCUACUUGGAGGACGUUUUGGCUCACAAGCAAGCCAUUCCGUUCCGUCGCUUUUGUCGUGGAGUAGGGAGAACUGCACAGGCUAAGAAUCGCCACUCAAAUGGACAAGGGCGCUGGCCUGUUAAAUCUGCGAGGUUUAUCCUGGACUUACUGAAGAAUGCUGAGAGUAACGCUGAGGUGAAAGGAUUGGAUGUGGAUUCACUUUACAUAUCUCACAUCCAAGUGAAUCAGGCGCAAAAGCAAAGGCGUCGUACAUACCGUGCUCAUGGAAGAAUAAAUCCUUACAUGUCAUCCCCAUGCCACAUUGAGUUGAUUUUGUCAGAAAAGGAAGAGCCUGUCAAGAAAGAGCCCGAGAGUCAAUUGGCUUCUAGGAAACCGGAAAAGGGUCGAGCUUUACGCAGCGGUGCUUCUUCUUGAGUGAAGGGGUGUACUAGUUGGAAUCCUGAGUUCACCUUGGAAAAACUUUCUUGCUUCAAUUUUGUGUUUUUAUAAACCUCAAGCUUGUUCUCUGGGACUUCUUUUUUUUUUUCUUUUGCAUUCUAGGGCUUUUUGCUUCAAGUUUUCUGAGACUUCAAUGGUAGUUCUUUUAUGAGUUGGAAAAUCUUGUGCGGACCGAAAAAUCAAUGGUUUGUGUUAAAAUUUUUCUGUUUCUUCAGCGUGCUUAUCUUCAUUAGUUGGAUUGAGUAACUGUGAGCGAAUUAUGCAAGAAAAUCAAUAGUAUUUGAGAAAUUGUUGAUGCUUAAGAGAACAGAUUAUGUCUGAACAUUUCCUUGGUAAUAAAUUGGAGUCCUAAGACAUACUCGUCUUGUCUCGGGUUUCCUUGAA